CUGGUCCAGGAUUGAGUAAGACGUGUUUGCGGUGAAGGACUGAAAUGCUUUCAGUACCAGCUGAGUCGCCGCUCUGUUCUCCCAGGUAAUUUGAGCUCGAGUCCAACUACUGUCCUCACACUUCCAAGCUUCACCCAAUUCCCAGUCAUGGCGCAUUACCUCAGCGGCCAGACCGUCGUUGUUGCUGGUGCUGGCAUAGCUGGUUCUGCCUUCGUUGUGUCUCUGACCCAGAAUUGGCCCUCCGAUCAUGUCCCUCCCACCAUUGUCAUGCUCGAACGCGAUUCGCACAACACCGCUGCGCAACGGGAGGACUAUAGCAUCUCCUUGUCCGGAUACGACGAGUGUGGCGGCCUGCCAGCACUAAGGAAGAUGCAUCUCCUCGAGAAGGUCCUCGAUCAGGCGGUGACGGGAGUCCACCGCGGUUCUUUCAAAAUUUGGGACAAGGACUGGAACGUCCAGCAAUCCUUCCACCGUCAGCCCAGGGAGGGCAUUCCCGUGGGCAGCCUUAGGAUUACACGAAAGUCCCUUCGAAAGGUCCUUCAUGAGGCUAUCAGAGACGCGCGCAAUGUAUCCAUACAAUGGGACACAGAGUGUCGGAAGUUGUCAAAGCUGACAGACGGCAAGACCAGGGUGCUGUUUGAGCACAAUGGGGAGCAGGGCCACGUUGAUUGUAGCCUUUUCAUCGCCGCGGACGGGGCCAGCAGUAAGAUACGGCAGUCCCACCGGCCGGGCGAUUCUCUGGACUAUACAGGUGCUGUCCUAAGGGGUGGACUGGCUCGAUUUGAAGAGACGCUCCCUCCACCACUGGAUGCUGACUGGGGCUUUCAGAUCUCGGGCGACGGAGUGUCCUGCUUCUACUCAGCUGUGGAUCGUUGUUCUGUAUUCUGGGGACUGGGCCAUCUUGAAGACGAAAUCAAAGACCCAGGAGAGAGAGCAGCCGAGAAGGUCAUUGAAAGAGCUAGAGUUCUGGGGCAGGCUCUCGAGGAGCCGUUCAAGACUCUCGUGGAUCGUACGGAUGGGUCAGCAACGAUGUGUAUCAACGCGAAGGACAAACAGCCAUUUCGACAUGAGGACAUCGAUGAAUUCCCACUCAUCUUUAUCGGCGACGCGAACCACGCGCUGAGCCCGUUUGCAGGGUUUGGUGGUAAUCUGGCAUUGAAUGAUGGAUGGGAUCUCGGUGAACUCCUCGUUGGCCACGCAGCGCUUGGAAGCGCAGUGCAGGCAUACGACAGUCGCGCAUGUCCGAGAGCAUCUGAAAUACUGUCAAGGUCAAGAAGGCAAUUGAAGGCAGGACAUCAGAUAGGGGCCGGACGCGCUUGUGGGCGAUAGAUUGCCACGUUGGGUUGCACCAUUCGAGGCGGAAGAUGUGGUCAGAACUCGUAACAAGGAAAGCGGUGGAUGAUGGGACAGACAGUGUCAAUUGGACAGUACCAGA